AGCAGGAACGCCGAUCAUCAGUUCGUUGGAAGCAACUGCGAGAGUCAGAAGCACCUACGAUACACGUAGAAGUAUAUAAAAGCCAUAUACCGCGAGUCGAUCGAAGAGAGAAGAUUCAAUCAGCGAAUCAGACCUCGAGAAGAGAAUCCUAAACCGUAAAAAGAAGUCUCAAGAGCUAGCCGUUGACCGGUUCGAGUUUUGAAUCUCCGUUUAGAAGCACAAGAAAAACAAAUCGUCAUGUCGCUGAUCCCGAUGCUUUUCUCCGACUGGUGGGAAGACCUGGAGCGACCUCACAGCCUUCUGGACCAGCACUUCGGGCUACCCCUGCAACAGGAUCAAUUAGCGGCGAGUUACCCGAGGUCGUCGAUCUACGUGGUGCCCAGAGAUUCUCCGCGUUCGAGCGCGCAUCUCAUCCCCUCGAUCUACUACAGACCCUGGGGUAAUUUGCUGAGGCAAGGAGACGGCGGCUCGUCGGUGGUCAAAGCCGACAAGAAUCAGUUCAAGGUGAGCCUCGACGUGCAGCAGUUCAAGCCCGAGGAGAUAGACGUGAAGGUGGUCGACAAGUGCGUCGUCGUCUCGGCCAAGCACGAGGAGAAACGCGACGAGCACGGCUGGGUGUCUCGCCAGUUCGAACGGCGAUACCUGAUCCCCGAUCAGUGCAACAUCGACGAGGUCUCGUCGAGCUUGUCCUCCGACGGCGUCCUGAGCAUCACGGUACCGAGGAAGGAGCAGCCCAAGGUCGAGGGCGAGCGACAGAUCAAAAUACAGCAUACCGGCAAGCCGGCUAUCAAGGAUCAGGCUCCGGCUAAGGAUCACGAACAGCAAGAGGAUCAGAAGAAGAAGAAGUCCGAAAAGUAAAUUUGCUCUUCGUUCGUAUCAAAUUUUCUAAAACAUACGAUACUUGUACUCGUUGCGAGUCAUUAUUCGCGUUGCAUUACCUCGCACUUUCCUUAAAUAUAAUAAUUUUUUUAUAUCGUAGGCUAUAAUCGACGCAGUCGUAGUCUUAAUUAUAAUUUUGUUUGUGAUGUAUACAUUGCUUAAAGUGUAUAACGAUCCUUAAGAUCGACAAGUCUGUCAAGUGGCAUUUAUUAAUGUUAAAAUUAUUAUUUCAUUAGUCGGUAUAAUGAGUACCUGUACCCGUUAAGUGAUGAUCUUGCUUUUCUACUUUGUAAAACCCACCUUUUCACGUGUAUCUCAUGUAUGAAAUAAAAAAAAUGUGUGUUUAGAUUCACAUAAA